AACUUCGCGAUAUUAUCACCGGAAAUCUCUUCGAAUGCAAUAACAUUUUAUGUUCUUGUUCAACACGCAAUAUGAAUAAUGUGCUAUCGAUAUCGAGAAGCGAAGGUAUUUAUCCUACUAUGUCACUAAGCUAAAAUGGAUAGAUAGUGUAUAGUUGUGGUGUGAGAUCGCAGCUUAGGCCGUCUCAGGAUCGUUUCAGCACCAAAUCUACGAUUCUCUCCAGCUAUCCUCCAGCCAAAUGGCCGCUUUAUGUGUCUUUGCGCGUUUCAUUUACUUUUAUCCGACGUAUGGAAAACGUCGCGAUUACUCUUGGGCUUUGGUGGCUGAAAGGUACCUACGUAGGUUUUUGUAUGUAUUAUAGGUAAAUGCGCACCCCGGAUGCGACCAAAGAAUGUAUGUUGGUUUGUUUGCAAAAUCAACCUUACAUUUCCAGCUUCAAAUCCUUCUGUCUUGUCGUUGCUUUUUAUAUCUAAAUUCACGAGGUUAACCAGUCGCAUACUUGCUAUCAUCUGAAUUGGACCGGCCUCGUUACACAAGAAACAAGAGGGAAAAACCAACAGCAUUAACUACGAAACCAUGGUAAAGUGUAGAGGUGCAGUUACUACCAUAUCGCUACUGGUAGGAAUCAUAAGUAGUGUCAUAGCCGGCGACCUUGUCGAGGAUAUACGGAGGGACUUUCAAUUGGGUUUAUUCGGACGACAGCAGACGGUAACCAACCUGCAGAGGUUCACGGCACCGCCUUUAGGAAACCAGGCCGCAGCACAAAUAGUACAAAACAAUGACUUUGACAGCAAAGAAAAGCCAUUCAAGAUCGUCGGCGGGUUAAGGUCCGACGGGCAAACUUUUUCCAGUUUCCAAGACGCAACAAACCGAGUAUGCGACGACCAAAAGAACGACUGCGCCGACUUUUCCAAUAGUGGCGCGGGCUCCUUCAAAGUAUCAGAGUGUGACCAGCAAGAUAAUGAUUGCAAAGAUGCCAACCAACCUACGGAUCAGGAUGACAAUUUCCUUUAUUUUUGCGACAAUUAAUGUUCGAAGCCGUCCCAUCUAAGCGAGAAUUUUGAGUGUAUUGCCGUUUAUUCCCAUCGACUUCGACUCAUGGGUAGCUCAUAGUAGUGGAAGCAUGCAGCACUUAAGUCUCGAAGUUCUUAUCAGAUUAUAUACGAAGCGAUAUAAUGUCAUACUUUUAUUAGCGGAUGGAAAAAUGGGAGCCUGGAUGUUAGUAAAAACUGGGUUAGGCAUAUUCAUUAUCAUAGGAAUGGCGAGGCCAAUAUGAUGAUG